AUGAAGAUAUCUUCAUGGAAUGUCAGGGGCCUCUCUGCCUUUGACAAAAUAUGCUUGGUCAAAAGAGCUUUGACCAAGAUGAAUUCUGAUGUGUUUUUACUACAAGAAACAAAGAUAAAAGCUGAAAAGGUGGAUGAGUUUAAGAAGUAUUUCUACAAAUGGGGUGGUCAUUUCCAAGAUUCCAUGGGAUCUUUGGGUUGUCUUGGGAUCCUUUGGAAGUCGGACAGUAUUGAGGUUAGAUGUAUUGCAUCCUGUGAUUUUUGGAUGGCUUGCUCCAUCAAAUGUAAAAGGACCAAUUUGUGUUUCCCACUUUUCAACAUCUAUGGUCCUAUAAGGACUGAAGAUAAGCUAAGGGUUUGGAACAAAAUUACCAUACAGGCUAAUCUAGGUGAAUUAGGGAAGGUUAUUAUGGCUAGAGACUUUAAUGCCAUAUUAGAUUUCAAUGAUAAAGCUGGAGGGCUAAGAAAGCCUACUAAAGUCAUGGAGGACUUUAGGGAGUUUGUGUACAAUUGCAGGCUCGUUGAUGUUAUUCCCAAAAAAUGGAAAUUCACUUGGAACAACCAUAGAGUGAACUUCUCCAAUAUUUCAGAACUUCUUGACAAGUUUUUUGUGGGAGAGUGGUGGGUGUUGAGUAACCACACCCUUGAAACAUCAAUUGAACCUCAUUGUGGCUUGGAUCAUUUACCAAUUACACUUGCAAUUUCCCAUGAACAAGUUGACUGCAAAAGCUAUUUUAAAUUUCUGAAUAUGUGGUGGCAGGGCCCUUCCCUCCUUGAUCUUCUCAGAAGUUGGUGGGCAGUGAGAAACAUUUUUUCUGGUUCACCAAACUUCAAAUUCGUCAAACGCACACAAUUUUUAAAAUGUAAACUGAAAGAGUGGAACAAACAUACAUUCAAAAACGUGUUUGCUAAGAAGGAAAGAAUUGAAUCUAUAAUGGAGGAAUUAAAUAAUUUGAUUAUAGCCAAUGGUAUGACCAAUUUAGAGUAUGAGGCUGAAAAACUUCUCAAAAAAAAAUAUGCAGAGAUCUUAACUCGAGAGGAAGUAUACUGGAAGGAUAAAUCACGAGAGAAUUGGAUAGCAGAGGGUGACUCAAAUACGAUUUUUUUUCAUUCCUCAGUGUAA